AUGAAAGAAAAAAGUCGCUUUUCAAAAUUAAUCUCGAUUUUAUUUCCUUCGAGGCGUAAAACAGAACCACAAAUUUUUUAUCCAUUAAGAUUUUCCUUCUAUUCGAUUGCUUACAUUGGAAUUAUUUUCUAUAUUGUUUAUUUGAUAUAUAAACACAUCACGCAAAGUCCUCAGAUAGAAGAAUACUUUGACCCAAAUCCAAAUAUAUAUGCACCCAUUGUUUAUUUGUCUGCACCAUUCCAAUUCAAUGUCAAUUGCUCCUACAUAAAUUCGCGAGCUAUUAAAUUUGGUGAAGACGAUUGCGCAUCUAGUUUAACUCGAGUUUCGACUGUAAAAACAGAGGAUUAUGGGAUUAUAUUUUACAACGAGAGUUUGCCCUUAUCGGCUAAUGAUUUUAAAAAUUAUCCUCUAGGUCUUAGUUUUGAUGUGUACUCCAUUGGAGAGGUCACUGGAUUUUUAACUAUAAGCGUAUUUCAUAAUUCUUAUGUAAACGAAGUUUCCAACAUUGAUGGUACCAAAAAAAAUCAAGAUCUUCAAAGUAGAAUUAUCAUUAGAAAUUACUACGAAAGUCUCCACAUCCUUUCACCAAACCAACGUCAUUUUGUUUCAUCCAGACUCUUGCUUGCUAGUCUGCCAUCUCUACAAAAUUCUUCGUUCUAUUCUCACUUGGAAGUAUACAAUUCUUCAAGCCUUGAAGUCGUUCAGAAGCAAGUAUGGGGUUACGACAUCCCCGGUAUAUUCAGUAUCAUUGGUGGUGCAUGGAUUUUCAUGAUGAACGUCUAUGUAUUUUUAUUUGGCGUCGAUUCAAGAUCGCCGUUGGGUAUUACACAAGUAAUAUUAAAAUCGAUUACUGGAAAGGAAGAAGUCGAAUUAAAUAACGAGCGAACAAAGCUUUUGUUAGAAGAUUAUUUGAUUCACGUUGACGAAGUGGUAUUUCCGGACAGCGAAGAAAAUCAACACGCACGCAUAGUGUAA